GUCAAAUUCCUCAAAACUUAACAAAGUCAACUAAGUCGCUGAAACGCACGUGGUUUUCAUAGAAAUAUCAAAUCGAAAAGCCAAACAAUGAUUGUGGAAGAAAAAUCCGUAGAACAUUUAGUUGUUGAUACUACGGCAUUUAUCCACAAUGCUCCCCUACAGCAACUUGCAACAAACAUAUAUACCAUUCAAGAGGUAGUUGAUGAGAUUGUGAAUAAACGACAAUUAAGAAGAUUAUGCGUCCUACCGUACGAUUUACGCAUCAAAGAUGUAUAUCCAGAAAAUAUACAAACUGUCACAGACUUUUCGAAGAAAACUGGAGACUAUCCCAGUCUGUCAGCUACAGAUAUCAAAGUAAUGGCACUAACCUACCAACUUGAGAAAGAAUAUGUUGGUUCAAACCACAUUCGCACAGCUCCUGUGAUGGCCAGGACCAUUAAUCUGGGAAAUCCAAAUGUUCCAGACAUGAAUGCUGAUCUUACAGGGUUCUAUGCACCAAAAAGGAAAAGUACUAGGUCUAGGAAUAAUACAAGUAACAGCAAUACAGACAAAACAUCAGAAGAAGAUGAAAAACGUGACAUUGAACAACUAAAUCAUGGCAUAGAUAAUAUAACAGUUGAAGAUAAUAGUGAUCAAUCAGAUAACUGUUAUGAAAGUUAUGAAGAAUCAGAUGAUGAAGACUCCUGGAUAACACCAUCCAACAUCCAAGCUGCUAAGAAACAAGUCAAUUCUGAACUGAUGGAAGCAAAGAAAGUGGUUGUUUCUUGCAUCACCACUGACUUUGCAAUGCAAAACGUUCUCAAACAAAUGAAUCUUAAUGUUUCUGCGUUAGAUGGCCGCAUUAUCAAACAACUGCGCACGUUUGUAUUGCGUUGUUACACAUGUUUCGGCACGACAAGCAUCAUGACAAAGCAAUUCUGUGGCAAAUGCGGUAACAACACACUUAAGAAAGUCGCUGUUAGUUUGGAUGAGGACGGAAAACAACAAAUACACAUAAAUACGCGCCGGCCGCUAACUGGUCGCGGGAAACGUUUCAGUAUGCCGACGAUGAAGGGCGGCAAACAUGCGAACAACCCGCGGCUUGUCGAGGAUCAACCUAUGCCCGAUCAACGACCGAGUCGCAUCGCACGCAUGAAAAACAAUCCGAUGGCGGAUGAUUACAUCGCCGGAUAUUCUCCAUUCGUGACUAGGGAUGUUAACUCUAAAAGCGCGCAACUCUGUAUUCGUCCUGGGGACGUGAAACAUUGGAUGAAGAAGAAUCCGAAUGAGGCGCGAAGACAUCGGAAGAAGUAGAAUAUAUUUUACUUGUAGCGCUUAUUGGUGGUUUGAUUUGUGGCAAACAUAUACUUGUAUCGAUUGAAUAAAAACACGUAACUGUUAUCACCA